AUGGAAGAUAUUCUAGAUAGUGUGAGCAGCAAAGAGAAUGCCUGGCAAACGACCAAAGAGAUCAAAGCUGUGGUUAAAGCUGGUGGAUUCAAGAUGAAAAGCCUGAGUCUGACAACUAUGAAGACAUCCAUUUUGAGCAAAUCGCAGACAAAGAAAAGGUUCUCAGAGUCUCCUGGGUCUCAAGGGAGGACUGCUUUUGAACACUUUGAAGUUAAACUUAACUUUUCCCAGACGAAAAGAAAAGUUGCAACUGAACCAAGCCUUCGAAAAGAACAGAUCCCGAAAGAAAUAAUGAGUAACCUCACUAAGCGAAUGAUUCUCUCACAAGUGAACAGUAUUUAUGAUCCCUUGCAAUUGGCUGGACCAUUCACAGAUCGAGCAAAGAUCAUGAUGCAGAAACUUUGGGGAAGUGAGAUGAAACUUGAUUGGGAUGACCAUGUUCCUGAAGAAGCCAGACCAAGGUUGGAUAGAGUUCUUCAAAGAUCUUUUCCAGAUGGAAGAAGUAAAGUUCAAGAGAUGCAUGAAGCGAAAAGAAGCCGUAGGUGA